AUGCGUGUACAGUUUUUGGAUAUGAUGGGGCAUCUUACUGGUUAUAGACCUCAGGGUGACGCUGGGGACAGUCGCGUUGCUUUGUCAGCCAUCAAAGAUCAUAUGGCAUUUUUGCACCCAAACAUUACCGGCGAGACUGAGGAUCUCCACAUUGAGAGGUACACGCGGUUGGCGCUGCUCCUGCUUUUCCGGUGUGUCUUGUUCCCGAACACUUCGGGGAGUAAAGUGAGUAUGCGCUUUCUCCAUCAUCUUCAGCAGCUGGAUGGUUUACCCCAGUACAGUUGGGGUGCUGCUGUUCUCGCAUACCUAUAUAGGAGCAUGUGCCGGGCGAGCAUGGACCCAGCGGUGGACAUAUGUGGUUUUUUGCCCCUCCUACAG